AUGUCAGACUCGAAGCAAGCAUCCGGUGGGGGCAACGAACGCUUCAAUGCUGAGGCUGCCGCCUGGGAUAGCAAUCCAUUUGUUCACGCCAUGAGCCUAGAAGCCUGGAAAGCUAUCCAGAAGUUUGUUCCCUCUCUCUUUGGUGGAACUUCUUCACGACCGGACGUCCUCGAGAUUGGCUGUGGAACUGGACUCCUCAGCUUGGAGGUCGCCCCCGCCGUGAACCGCUUGGUGGCCGUUGAUGCGGCUGAGGGCAUGAUUGAGGUCCUCUCGUCCAAGUUGAACAAGCCAGAUGCACCCAAGAACAUUCAACCUCUCGCCAUCCUUCUCGAAGACCCAGAGGACAAGCGACUUCCGCCAGCGGACGAAGCCAAGCCCGAUGGUCCAAGACUCAAGUACGACCUCAUAACCUCACACUUGGUACUUCAUCACAUCGCAGAUCUCAAGCCCGUCCUGACAACAAUGCUCGGAUGUCUCAAGGAGGGCGGCAUGGUAGCCCUAACAGACUUUGAAGACUUUGGCCCUGAAGCAAGAAAGUUCCACCCAGAAAGCAAGAUGGGAGGCGUCGAGCGUCAUGGUAUCCCGAGGGAGUGGAUGGCCAACCUGAUGAAGGAGGUUGGGUUCAAGGAUGUCAAGGUUGAGGUUGCGUGGGAUCAUACGAAGCUGGUGGAGAAGUUUCCUGGCGAGUUUAACGGUCUCAAGAAGGGUGAACCGGAUUUGGAUGCUAGGGUUGGAGAGUUGAUGAAGUUUACUUAUGUGAUAUGCAUGGGGAAGAAGGGUUGA